AUGGCGGCCUCCGUGUCGGCGGGGGCCGCUGGCCGGCGGCGGUGGGCGCUGGCGGUGGCGGCGGCGCUGGCGGCGCUGGGCUGGCUGCAGGCGGCGCGCGGCGCCGGGGCCGCCUCCGGCCAGCGGCUGCUGCAGCCCUACCCGCCCGGGCGGCACGGGCCGCGGCACGGCCACCGCCACGUCAGGGCCUGCCAGCCCGUCCGGCACGGCAACGUGACGCACGAGGCCUGGCCCGGCGACAACAGCACGGGACUGCCCGCGGCCACCACCCGGACCUUCGUUUCCUACGUCGCCUCGGCCGAAGAGCAGCGCCGGGCGGUGUACGGCCACUUCACCUUCGUGAGGAACCCGCUGAGAACCUUCUCGGUGCUGGAGCCCGGCGGUGCCGGGGGCUGCGGGGCGCAGCGCAGGGUCCCCGUGGAGGAGACGGCGCGGCUGGGCCGGUGCCUGGUGGCCCAGAACGGCGGUUACUUCGACAUGAGCAGCGGGGAGUGCUUGGGGAACGUGGUGAGCGACGGCAGGCUGGUGCGCAACGCCCGCGGCCUGCAGAACGCCCAGUUCGGCAUCCGCAGGGAUGGCACCAUGGUGUUUGGUUACCUGUCUGAGGAGGAUGUCUUGGAUCAAGCAAACCCCUUUGUGCAGCUUGUGAGUGGGGUGGUUUGGCUCCUGAGAGAUGGAGAAGUGUACAUCAAUCAGAGUCAAAUUGCAGAGUGUGAUGAAACUCAAACCACAGGAACCUUUGAGAAGUUCAUCAACGUGAUAUCAGCCAGGACUGCAGUCGGACAUGACAGUCAGGGGCAGCUGGUCUUGGUUCAUGUGGAUGGACAGACGGAAUCUAGAGGGAUCAACCUCUGGGAAAUGGCCGAGUUUCUGAAACAGCAGGGAAUCAUCAAUGCAAUCAACCUGGAUGGUGGAGGGUCGGCAACCCUGGUCCUGAACGGGACCCUCGCGAGCUACCCGUCGGAGCACUGCUCCUUUGACAACAUGUGGCGCUGCCCUCGGAGCAUCUCAACCAUUGUGUGUGUGCACGAGCCUGCCUGCGAGCCUGCAGACUGCAGCGGCCACGGGGACUGCGUGCAGGGGCAGUGCCACUGUGCUGGGGACUUCUGGAGAGGCCCAGCUUGUGACACCUUGGACUGCGGCCCUUCCAACUGCAGCCUGCGUGGCACCUGCACCCCCUCUGGAUGCCUGUGCGAUGCUGGCUGGGUUGGCAGCAACUGCAGCGAAGCUUGUGCGAGCGGUACCUACGGGAAUGCUUGCAGCCAGAAAUGUCAGUGCCAGAACGGUGGCUCGUGUGACCCUGUGCAUGGAACCUGCUCCUGUCCAGCCGGGUACUAUGGCACCAGCUGUGAGCAUGCGUGUCCCGUGGGCCGGUAUGGGCCGAACUGCCAGCAACUCUGCGCAUGCGAACACUCGUGUCCCUGCAACCCGGAGACAGGCAGCUGUAACAUCACCUCUGAACCAGCCAUACAGGACCAGCUCAACAAAGCUUGGUGGUGUUUGGCUUCUGCAGAUCAGGAAAAGAGCAAUGAAAAAUUCUCUCUGUCAGAAAGAACCUGGAUCUCCGUGACCUCGGCCUUGGCUCUGCUUCUCGCCCUUAGUGCCGUGGGAAACGUGGGCCUUUUUCUCAAGGCCAGGUCAGGGGGGCACCACGGAGCUGGUGAUUAUCGCUAUCACCCCCUGAGGGAACUGAACGGAGACGCCAGCCACGCCUCCACAUCCGCCGCCUGCGAAGCAGAAGAUGCUCAGGACCAAAGUCAGACACUCCUUUAGAGUCCCGGAUGGGAAAAGAGAAGAGGUAUUUUUCUCCGCACCUUGCACUGCCACUCAGCACUGACUGUUACAGAGAAUCUUUAGACCUAGAGCCUAAAACUGCUGACAAACCCAAGAGCAGCAGCAAGAUGUUUUAGUCCAGGAAGUCCCUUGCUUCUUGCCCAGUCCAGCUGAGAACACGGCUGGCUUCCCUCACCUCCCCACCUGCUCUGACUGGAGCAGAUGAAAGCUGCCAGGAGAGGAUGCAAGCCAUGGGGCCCAGCUUCCACACACAUGGGAGGGAGUUCCACAGCUGCAGCAGAAAUGGAGCCAUGGGUGUUUCAGAAGGGUCCUUUGUCACAGAGGGGUACAGUCGCUAAGUACGUUGAAGAGGUAAGGUAAACUGCAUGCUGCCUCUUGCAUAAAAGUAGGUGUAAGGAAGCUGGCUUAAGGAUCAUCUGCUGCGUGGUUGCGUGCACUUCCCUUGUAAGAUCAGCCUUCAAACAAAAACUGGAAUUGUUUCACAAUGCUAAAACAGGCGCAGCACACAAACCACAUCAUUCUUCCUCCUGGCCACAGCAGUAUGCUCCAAGGCUGACACACAGGGCUGGGGCUUUCUUGUGCCUUCUUUUCCCACCCCCCCCAAACCUGAUGUUGACUGCAGGGCCAGUUUGCUUUCUUACUGAAUCCUUAGUCCUCGGGCCGGUCGAACAGCUGCUUCAUGAGCACUGUCUUUUCGGUUAGAUUCUCACAGCGCAGCAACAGGAGAAGUCUCACUGGUGCACAAACCUCAGCCUCGUGUUCUCUCCUGCCUCCCACGAGCAGCGUGCUCUGCAAGGCUCAGCCAGAGGUACUGCAGCACGGAGCCCUCCCUGCUGGGGGUGAUUGGAGGAGGCAGAGGGAGCUGGCCAAACCCCGCACUGGGCUCAAUGCACCGCAGCCUGCUCUGCCUUCCCAGCACCAGGCUGCAUUCCCUGAGCCUGCACAGCAUCCCUGCAGCCCUUCUUGCUUCCUACCCUUCCCUCAUUGGGGCAGCAGCCAGCAGGGAGCUGGGGCUAUUUCAGGCAGCCCAACAUCCUGAACGUCUCAGCUGGAAACUGGAUGUUUGACUGGAACACAUACGUGCACAGUGCGAAAGAAAAGCAUCCCAGUUUGUUUCCGUGGGAGGAGGGACUAGCCUUUAAUAUGCGACUUUAAUGCUGCAAAGGUUUGUUUGUUUUGUUUUUGUUUUUUUUUUAAGCCUGAAAAUCUGAGCCUGAACAUUUUUAUGCACUCUGUUUUUAAUCUCUUCAAGCAGAGGAAAUGUAAACUUUUGUGCCACUGCUGGCAUCCAAUCGACUUGUAAACCCAAGAUUCUAUUUUUCUAUUAUUUACAGUGGCCAUUUGAAACUUGAAUAAAGUCAAUUAGUAAUAACUGCCUGAAA